AUGUUAAUUUUCUCGAAAAGCGAAAAUACAAUGAGAGAUGACAUGUUUCUAGAAAUGGUUCAUCCAUCUGGAUUUUUAUUGUAUAUCAAUCACGAUAAGCUAAAAUUAUUUUCUCACUCUAUGGUUCUGUACAUGCAGAUUCUGAACGUUUGGAGUAUUUAUUACCUGUCGAAUAACUUCGAUUUGUUUCUGCAGUACAAUUCUCUUCUACUAGCACAACAUUUCGGCUUAAGCAGCGCAGUGUAUCUCACCAUAAGCUACCACCACAUUAUUCAAUUCAAAAAUCGCGUGAAAGCCGUCUUGUGGCCUCUAGAUUUCUGCGGCAAGAGAACUCACGACAAACUCCUCAAACAAAUCCGCCUCCUCAAAUACGAAUUUAUUAUCAUUAUUUUUUGCACCAUAGGCGGUCAUGCGCUCUUUAUGCCUAUAGUCGGCGACGAGAGCGACAUCUUCAUCGAAAUCAGGCUGAUCGACGAGGUUUUCGGAAAAGAUGUCCGCUCGAAAGUAUUGAGCAGUGUUUUUUACAUUGGCAUCGUUUUUCUGGGGAUCUCUAUCGGAGGGGUAGUCAAUUUGUUUGUCUAUUUCUCGGUGCACAUAGAAACUCAGUUCCAUUUGCUGAACUUGAAAGUUGAAAAUAUAUCAGGUGGUUUGGAACGUAUUGAGGAGGAAGAUAGGUUUCAAAGAAUCCUCGGUUCCAGAUUGAAAUUUUGCAUAGCCAGGCAUAUCACUCUCCUGAAGCUAUUCUACUCUAUGGAAACCAUUCACAAUAAUUGGCCCGUUUUGAUAUUUUCCUUGACCGGAGUUUUGAUGAUUGUAUCCGAGAUAUAUUUGUUGUUGGCAGGCAUAAGUUCGAGAAGUAAUAUUCGGUUGAUGUUAGCCAUGGUUACCACAGGUUAUAUUGCAUUCCUAUUCGUUUUCCAUGGGCAAAAAUUGGAGAACGAAUAUUUGAGACUACACCAUGCGGCCCAGAAUUGUUCAUGGCAUAGAUGGAAUAAGCAGAAUAUAUUUUACUUGCGAAUGCUACUGAUGAACAGCUCGAAGCCGAUAAAAAUAACGUCUUUUCAUAUGGUCGACUUGGAUUACACUUUACCAGUGAAGGUGAGAGAACCAAAUAAUUUCGUGAGUUUCCAAAGUACUUUUUACAUCAAAAAUGUACCGCAAGGCGUUACAGACUGAAAAAAACAUGUUGAGUUUGAUUGUCAGAGGUACAAUUUUUUUUAAAUAGGAAUAGGGACCACUCUACAGUGUAAUUCAGUUUUCGGAAGUCGAUCUACUCGUUUAGAAAAUGUUGUGCCAAGAAAAACAAUAAUACGUUUGACAAAGGAAAAAAAAAUA